AUGUCUAAUCAAUUAAUUAAAAAAAAUCAACUCGUAUUUUCAAAAUUACGAAAUACUAUACGUAAAAUAGCUUUAAGUGUUUUGGGUUUAACUACUGCUACCACUAUACUAGCUGUAACAUGGUCGGAACAAUAUAGGGAUAAAUUUACCUUGAUUUGUGCUGGAAUUUUUCGAUCUACUGCAACGUUGGCUGUUUGGUACGAGUAUAGAAACAAAGGUUAUAAAUCAGAGGAAUAUAAAGCUGCUCAAAAAGUUGUACAUUUAUGUGUUGCAAAAAGAUUAUUAAACUUGUGUAAACUACACACUGGAAUUUAUAUUAAAGGAGGUCAACAUCUUGCUUCUUUAACUUUUAUUAUACCAAAAGAAUACACUGAUACAUUAUCCAUUUUACAAGAUCGUGCACCUUAUAGAAAUAUGGAUGAUGUAAAAAAGAUUUUUUAUGAACAAUUUAAUGGACUAACUCCUAAAGAUUUAUUUUCAGAAUUUGAUGAAAUUCCAUUGGCUGCUGCUUCUUUGGCACAAGUUCAUAAGGCUAAAACAAAAUAUGGGGAUGAAGUGGCAGUUAAAGUUCAAUAUCCUGAUGUUUAUAGACUGUUUAAUGUGGACAUUUGGACAUUGCAAACAAUAAAUGGUGAACUAACUAAACAAAGAUUCAGACAUCGUGCAAAUGAAAUGUCCAUCCCAAAAAUCUAUUGGGAUUUGACUACAAAAAGAAUUUUAACAAUGGAAUUCAUACAUGGUGUCAAAAUUAAUGACAUUGAUGGAUUAAAAAAAAUUGGUGCAGAUCCUAAUUGGGUUCGUAAUAUAUUAUUAGAAAUAUUUGCAGAAAUGAUAUUUUGUCAUGGAGUGAUUCAUUGUGACCCACACCCUGGAAAUGCUCUGGUGACAAUUUCUCCUAAAACCAAAAAACCUCAAAUUGUUCUUUUAGAUCAUGGAUUGUAUAGAGAAUUGUCUGAUGAUUUUCGUAAAACUUAUUGUGAUUUAUGGAAAGCUCUCGUUCUGAACGAUUCCAAUGCUUUGAAAGUUGUGUCUGAAUCUUUGGGUGUCCCUCAAUAUAUUCAAUUUCUUCCAUUGAUUUUUGCUCAACGUAUCUCUGACUCUUCCACACCUCUAGGUGAAGACAUGUCUCUUGAAGAAAAAAAUAUUGUUCGUGAUCAACUUCAUAAUAUAACUUUAAGUGAUUUCUUUGACUUUCUAGAAGCAUUACCACGUGAUAUGUUACUUGUUUUUCGUACUAUUAAUCUAGUUCGAGGUAUACAUCGUCAACUUGGUGGUAGUUCGAUUGAAAGUUUUAAAAUGAAUGCAUAUUAUGCUAUUCGAGGAUCAUGGUGUGAAACAAGAGAGGAAGAAUUUAGCAGAGUUGACCAUGCAAAUAAACUUGGAAUAAAAGGUGAUGAAUCUAUGAUUGGCCCAGUACACAAAUGGUACUUGUUUGGUAGCACUCCGAAUUUUGCUAGAAGUUUAGGUUUCAUCAAGGAUCUUAUAGUUUUAACUGUGCGAAUAUAUAUGACUGAAAUUGCUAUUAGGAUUUGGAGAUGGUGGUAUUUUUUUUCAAGAUCAAUAGGAUCACCUUUAGUGAUCAGUUUAUAG